CGCGCCGCUUCCUAUUCCGUCCAUACACAGACCAAGAAGAAAAGGCGAGAAGAGUUCGGUGAUUUCGUGUGAGAGCAAGCAAGCGCAAGCGAUGAGCCUGAGGUACAUGAGCCGUGUGGGCGCGCGGGCGGCGCAGGCCGUGCGGGAGAGCAGUAGCACAGCGAGGUCGGUCAAGGACAAGGCGCAGUCAGCUUCGUCGUCGUCCUCCUCCUCGAUGGCGAGGAGCAGGGCGCCGGCGGCCGGGUCGGUGGACUCGAGCAGGGUGAGCGCUGUGGCGGCGGCGAGGAGGAAGGCGGAGGAGGAGAAGCGGAAGCGGGCGGAGCAGGCGCUCCGCACAGUCAUGUUCCUCUCCGUCUGGGGCCCUAACACCUAGAAUUAACAUGUGCGCGCGAUGUAAUAGUUGGUUUGAAGAUGUCUUGCAUGCUUAGUCUUGUGCAAGUUUGUGUUUGGAGGUCAAGAGAAGAUGUAAAAAUGUGUAUGAUCUAUAUAUAUGAACAUAAGGAUACUGAUGAUUCUUGGUA